AUGGCUGGACCAUCACGAGGUCCUUCUGGUACCAAAUCUCUCUCUCGCCUGCUCAUGUCUAUUCCAGGAUCUAACAGCCUUCCAGUGGCCUGCUUAAGAUACCUCCGGACGAAGACGAUCCUCCCCAACACUUCCACCCCGUCAUUCGCCCGACCGAGCCGCAUUCAGUACCUUCCCAAUCCUCUUUCAGUUCACGCUAAAUCGAAAUGCGUUCGCUCCUUCUCUACGACGACACCACGUCAAGACUGGUUGACGCCAAAGAGGCCCGAAGUGCGAAAAUCGCACGUCGGGCGCCCGCGCAUGCCUACGGGCGGAUCGAUGCGAGGGACGACCGUCGUCUGGGGUGACUACGGCCUGCGCAUGAAAGACCACGAUCGAAGGGUAUCCGCCAAGCAGCUGAAGAACGCCGAGGAAACCAUAAACAGAAGACUACGCGGCGAGCGGUUCAGAUUGUACAAACGGGUGAGCGCGAAUAUUGGCGUCUACACCAAAGGCAGCGAUGUACGAAUGGGUAAGGGGAAGGGCAAAUUCGACUACUGGGCAGCACGUAUACCCGUCAGCCGAGUGGUCUUCGAGAUCAAGAGCAAUCUGCACGAGCAAGUGAUAAGGGACGCCUUCCGACUGGCAGGGAACAAAUUGCCUGGAUUGUGGGAGUUCGUCACGAAGGGCGAUCCCCCGAUGGUUGGCAUCACGAAGUUGGGUCCCGGAGUGACACUGCAAAGCCUGAAAGAAGCAAGGAGAGAGGUCGAGCCCAAGGACAAGAGUGAGCCACAACCGAUCGUUCCUCCCGCAGUCAAGGUACCUCCGCAUACAAUCUCGACUGGGCUAGACCCGACUGCAACGACGGUGCAUGUAGCACCCUGA